AACAACCAUUCCGUGGUCUGCUGUGGACUGGUAGUUGCUACCCGCCGUAUCCGCCGGUAUCAUCCCUCCCUAUGGAUUGUCGCCGAAGAGCAUCGUCCAUUUCUCUUCUCUCUCGUCAUCUCUCCCUCUUGCUCGUCACCUCUAUAUUGACCGCCAAUUCUUGCUCAGCUUCCAGAAAAAUCUCUGUUCCCUCUUCCGAUCAGAAUGAGAAAGUGACGCUUGCUCUCUAUUACGAGACUCUCUGCCCUUACUGCUCCAAUUUCAUCGUAAACUAUCUCACCCGCCUCUUCGACACGGGACUCAUCUCCGUAGUCGAUCUCAAGCUCGUCCCCUAUGGCAACGCCAAGAUUCGAUCCAACAACACAAUCACUUGCCAGCAUGGCCCAUGGGAAUGCUUACUGAACACUAUUGAAUCAUGUGCAAUCCAUGUUUGGCCUGGCCUGAAUGAGCACUUUCCUUUUAUCUAUUGUAUUGAGACUCUGGUCUAUGAGGGCAAUUACACCCAGUGGGAAUCGUGUUUUGAGAAAUUGGGUUUAGAUCAAACACCAAUUACCAAUUGCUAUAAUAGCGGAUGUGGGAAAGAGCUUGAACUACAAUAUGCAGAAGAAACAGACAAUCUCAAACCCCCGCACAAGUUUGUUCCUUGGGUAACCGUGGAUGGAGAACCGCUCGGUGAUGACUAUAGAAACUUUAUAAGCUAUAUUUGUAAAGCUUAUAAAAGCACCAAGGUGCCCGGUGCCUGCAGCAGCUUAUCCUUUAAAACCAAUCCGAAGGAGAAAGAGAACUCUAUCCUUCCAGUCUGUUGUACCGAAGAAACAAAAAACUCAAUACUAUCACAAAUGAGAUCGGUCAUAGCAUCGUGGAUUCGCCAGGUUUACAUGGCAGCUUAUGUGUAAAAUGCCCAGCAGGUUCGUAUUACAUUCAAUCCUGUACAGUUGUUUAUAACCUAAUAGGCUUGUUAAUACGUGAAUUUCCUAGUUAGUUGCAAUGGAUGUUAAAUAAAGAUGUUUGGUGUGGGUGACCAGUUGAGAAGUACUUGGUGUGUAUCCCAUGUACAUAUAUGCAUAAAAUUCUCUAAAAUUUCUCUUAGAUUCGAACCCAUAGCUGAUGAUAGAACUAGAAUAGAUAUUUUUUGUUUCCUACUCA